CAUGGCAAUUACAGAGAGGGGGUAACAAAAUCGAAUUCAAAACUAGAAGAGCAGAAGAAUGGAACCAGGUUUUCGCUUUUACCCAACUGAAGAAGAGCUAGUUUCCUUCUACCUGCACAAAAAGCUUGAAGGGACGAGACCAGAUGUGCACCGGGUUAUCCCUGUUGUUCCAGUUUAUGAAAUAGAACCUUGGAACCUUCCAAGGGUUGCGGGAGAGCUGUGUCAAGGAGAUACCGAGCAAUGGUUUUUCUUUACGCCAAGACAGGAAAGAGAAGCCAAGGGAGGAAGACCCUGCAGAACAACAGUUUCUGGGUACUGGAAGGCAACUGGCUCUCCUGGCUACGUGUAUUCAUCGGAUAACCGGGUGAUUGGAGUGAAGAAAUCAAUGAUUUUCUAUAAGGGAAAGGCUCCAACCGGGAGGAAAACGAAAUGGAAGAUGAAUGAGUACAGGGCCAUUGAAUUAGAAACAGGCCAAUCUAAUACGGUAGUUCCCAAGCUGAGGCAUGAAUUCAGUUUGUGCCGAAUGUAUGUGAUCUCGGGAAGCUUCCGGGCAUUUGAUCGGCGCCCAGAAGUGUCGACACGAAUGACACAGAAUGUUGUUGAUGAGGCAGCAAGUAAACCGCCUCAGAAUGCCACAGUGGUAGACAAAACAAGCUCAUCUGAUACUUCUUUUUCUGGAGGAGACCAUGCUGAUCUCCAAGAAGUUGCAGGAAGUAUCUGCUGGGAGAUAAAUGAUACUCUAGAACCUCUCUGGGAAUGGGAACCGCUAAAUUGGCCGUGAGUCAAGCCAUGUGCAGAGACCUGCAGCAGCCCUGUUGAGCAACACUGACACUGUCCUAAACUUGACACAAACACUAGAAAAGCUUACUUUAGAUGUCAUAGAUUCUUUCCUUAAUUCGUUCAUAAAGGUAACCGAAUGGUGAGGAGGAGUGAGUUAGGAAAUGGAGAAGUCAGUCUCGGUAAUUAAAAUUAUUUUUACUGGAAAACUGAAGCUAGGAAUAAGAUGCAAGGUGAGGGAGAAGUUUGGGUGUAGCAAAGCAAAGUUGUUGGCUGAAUUCAGCUCUAAAACAAUCAAGAUUGUUUGUUGACAUCCUUCAACUGUAUUGGCAUCACCUUUUCUCUCUCCAGUUGCUCAAACUUCCCAAGCACAACUCUUAAACCCGGAAUAAGCAAUAACAUGUCAUAUUCAAAAUCAACGAAAAGCCAUACACCAAAAGUAGAAGGGAAAAGGUAACAGAAAAAUACACACAUUGACAAGGCAUAUGAUACUUUCAAAUGUAAUUGUCUGAUCUGAUGACACAAAUGAUGUAAAUCUCUCUUCUUAAAUCAUAAAACAUCCAAGGUAUUGUGCUUCAACAGAGUAACAUGAAUUUGAACUUCUUUCUCUCUUCUUAUA